CCAACAAAAAAUAAUAAAAUCACAACAAUAAUAAAAAACCGCGCGCUUCCAUUUCCAGCGCGGGUUUAAAAAGCUCGUCAUUCCCAAUUUGGCACCGCUUCACUCCUCACUUUUUCAACCAAAAAACUCCAAUGUCUGGUCGUGGCAAGAAGGGCGCCGAGACGGCUUCGUCCGCCGCCGCCAACAAGAAGCAGAAGACGCGCUCGACGCGCGCGGGCCUGCAGUUCCCUGUCGGUCGCAUCCACCGCAUGCUCCGCAAGGGCUCGUACGCUGAGCGCGUCGGCGCUGGUGCCCCCGUGUACCUCGCUGCCGUCCUCGAGUACCUCGCUGCCGAAAUCCUCGAGCUUGCUGGCAACGCUGCCCGCGACAACAAGAAGACGCGCAUCAACCCCCGUCACCUCCAGCUCGCCAUCCGCAACGAUGAGGAGCUCAACAAGCUGCUCGCCGGCGUCACCAUCGCCCAGGGUGGUGUCCUCCCCAACAUCCACACCGUCCUCCUCCCCAAGGGCGAGUCCGAGACUGACGCUGCCCCCGUCAAGAAGGUCAAGAGCGGCAAGUCCGAAUUGGCAAUUGAGCAUGCAUGA